AUGCAGAACGCUCGCAAAGACGAUUCCGCCCCGCCGCGGUCUGCACACGACUCUUCGUCAUUCUCAGCAUCAUCGCCAAUAGGCUCCUCCUCCAACUCGCUUUUCUCCUCUUCACGGUCCAACUCACAGCCCCAAGCCGGCACUGGCUCCCGCUCUGGCACUGACAGCACAUACGCUUUCCGUCAGUCUGUCCUCGACAUGGAUGCCCUUCUCACCUUCACAGACAACGAUCGCGACGCCGACGAUGCUUUCGAUCCCGUCCUCCCCGCCUCAAAGCCACGCUUCAAGCGUCCAUUCGGCAUGUCGGGUGAACGCCUGUUUAACCAGCAACUCAAGUCCAUUGGCCACGCACAGGAUCCCAGCCCAACCGUGAAACCAUUCGACGUUAUCCACAUUCCAGAUGAGCCCGUGUAUCAGCGACCGCCCACCGCAGAUGAUACGCUUGCGCUUCUGCUUCCUCUUCUCAUCCUCCUCUCCACUCUGCUCUUUCUCCUACUUCUCUUCAUCAUCCUCGUCAUUGUCGUUCGACGCAGGGCCCGCAUCUCACUCGGUGAUUCAGAUGGCCCGCUCGACGUUGGUCGCGAGGAAGAGCUCGAAGGUACGGGUGGACUGGAUGGCAUCGAGCAGCGCUGGCUCGAGACCGUAGAAGAUCCCAUUCAGCGUGGCUAUCGCCGUGCCAAGGACUGGAUCCUCGCCUAUCCACCAGGCACUCAGUCCACCGACAUCACCCUCAGCCAAUUCCUCAGCAUCCAAGAGAAGGGCGUCAGCGCAUGGUCCUUCGAUCCAGAUUACGAGAGCAACCCUUCCGUCUUUGUCGAGGCUAGGACCGAGAUCACCUUCAUCGCAGAUGGCGAAGGUAUGGCUCCACAAGAGGGUGGAGGCGUCUGCGUCCAGAGCAACUUGCCCCUUCCUAAGAUCAACGAGGUCUACUACUGGGAGGUCAAGAUGUUCAACAAGCCUGACACCACCAACGUCGCCGUCGGUCUUACCACAAAGCCAUAUCCGCAGUUCCGUUUGCCUGGUUGGUCCAAAUACUCGAUUGGCUACUUUUCCAGCGACGGCUUCAAAUGUCACAACUAUCCUUUCGCAGCACAAUCAUACGGUCCCGCUUACGGUCAAGGCGAUGUCAUCGGCAUCGGCUAUCGUCCAAGAACGGGCACCGUGUUUUUCACUCGCAACGGCAAGCGACUCGAAGACGCCUUUAUCGGUCUCAAUCGCUACAAUCUGUUCCCAACGGUCGGAGCUGAUGGUGCCUGCGAGGUCCAUGUCAACCUUGGACAGGCCGGCUUUGUCUUCAUCGAGGCCAACGUCAAGAAAUGGGGUCUGGCUCCCAUGGUGGGGACGCUCGCUCCUCCACCAGCCUACGGUCAGGAACGUGGUACCAUUCUGAUGGAGAGUGGUCAGGGUAGCUCGGCUGAUGCCAACGGUCAGGCGUCCUCUUCUGCUCCUGCUCCGAGGUCCGAAUCGCCGCCUCCACCCAUCUCGCCCUACGAAGAGCGAUCCCCUUCUCAAUCGCACAAUCGGCUGCCAAGCCAAGCAAGCACACUCUCGCCGGCGCCUGUGCGCACAUCCUCGUUGCACCCCAACCGUGCAGCGCUCGACGCACCGCGUCCUACGAGCAGGGCUUUAGAGCGAGACGAUUCGUCCGACGGCAGCCCUCCCAACCCACCAACACCGCAUCGCCUCGACAUUUCGCUUCACUCGCUCUCUGAUACGUCAACGCGAGGAAGCAAUGGUCAUGCGGGUGCAGUCCAAGAUUCGUACUUUCCUGCAUCACCUGCUUCGUCUGCAGAUGCGCUUCCGCCACCUGCCACGUCGAACCAUUCCCCGCCUUCCUACGCAGCAGCGGUGGAGCAUGGCUCUUUGGGUGGCACGUCAGCCUCGCACCAUCAAGCACGUCGCGGUUCAGGUAGGACUCACCAGCUGGCCAACGCGGUGCUCGGCAUGCUGAGCGAUCGUGGACUUUUGCAGCCCAUCAAUCACAACAACCCGUCGCCGCAGCCAAGUCCCAACGUGGGUGGCAGUGGAUACGGCGCUUACGGCAGCGGCUACGGUGGUGGAUUGUCAGAAGCCGAAUACGAACGAAUGUUGAGGCAGAACACGGCGCGGAACAGCCGCAGCGGUGCCAGCACGGGCAGUGCAUCGUCGACAGCAGCGACAGCGGAUUACAGUCUGCAAGGUUGGGCGAAUUGGCUAGGUCUUCGUGUAGGCGGCAACAGCGGCAGCACUAGCAGUAGUAGCAGUAGCAGCGCCAGCAGCAGCAGGAACAGUCGUAGUGCUUCGGGUGGGAGAGCUUCGGGAGCAACCUCGACUGUCAGCAGCUCCAGCCGCGCUUGA